AUGACAGAACUCCCAGAGAGACCAUGGACGACAGUAGAAGUAGACUUCUGUGGACCGUUCCCAAACGGUGAAUACGCACUCGUGAUAASGGAUCAGUACUCCARGUACCCGGAAGUAGAAUUCACUAGGACGACAGCGUUUGAAAGCACAAGAAAGAAACUAAAGAAAGUGUUUUCCACACACGGCAUCCCGGAAGUAGUACAGACAGACAAUGGACCACCCUUUAACUCACACGCCUUCCAGGAUUUCGCAGAUGAAAUCGGAUUCAGGCACAAACGCAUCACUCCUCUACACCCGAAAGCGCAAGGUCAAGUAGAAGGAUUCAACAAAUUAGUGAACAAGAUCGACGCAAUCGCGAGACAAGACGGUAUUGACCCUCACGAAGCUAUUACUAACAGUAAAAUGGUUAUGCUUAGGAAUGAACUCUGUUUAACACAUGUAAAGUCAACUAAUUUGAUGUUAACUGGAAUGUCACAUGUUUUGCAAUGUCUUUAUAAUAGAAAUUGA